CGUUUCUCUCUUCCUUUCCCCCUGUUUCUCUCUUCCUUUCCCCUGUUUCUCUCUUCUUUUCCCCCGUUUCUCUCUUCUCUUCCCCCGUUUCUCUCUUCUCUUCCCCCGUUUCUCUCUUCUCUUCCCCCGUUUCUCUCUUCUUUUCCCCUGUUUCUCUCUUCUUUUCCCCUGUUUCUCUCUUCUUUUCCCCUGUUUCUCUCUUUCCUUUCCCCUGUUUCUCUCUUUCCUUUCCCCUGUUUCUCUCUUUCCUUUCCCCUGUUUCUCUCUUUCCUUUCCCCCGUUUCUCUCUUCUUUUCCCCCGUUUCUCUCUUCCUUUCCCCCGUUUCUCUCUUCCUUUCCCCCGUUUCUCUCUUCCUUUCCCCCGUUUCUCUCUUUCCUUUCCCCCGUUUCUCUCUUUCCUUUCCCCCGUUUCUCUCUUCCUUUCCCCCGUUUCUCUCUUCCUUUCCCCGUUUCUCUCUUCCUUUCCCCCGUUUCUCUCUUCCUUUCCCCCGUUUCUCUCUUCCUUUCCCCCGUUUCUCUCUUUCCUUUCCCCUGUUUCUCUCUUCCUUUCCCCCGUUUCUCUCUUCUUUUCCCCCGUUUCUCUCUUCUUUUCCCCCGUUUCUCUCUUCUUUUCCCCCGUUUCUCUCUUCUUUUCCCCCGUUUCUCUCUUCUCUUCCCCCGUUUCUCUCUUCUUUUCCCCUGUUUCUCUCUUCCUUCCUUACCACUCUAGACCUUGCCUUGCCACACCCUAAUUGUACUUCACAAUUACCUGGGCCCUGUCACUCAGCCAGACUCACUGAGACAACCAAUCAGUUGUUAUCCCCACAAGCAGAGAGCCAAUCAGGUGUUUGCUAGACACCGCAGAGCUAUUCCAAUUGUAGCAAUACAUCCAAAGGAGCUAAUUCGGUGAAGCCAGGAAGUAGAGAUGAGGAAGUAGCAAGGUACAGAGUGACAAGCCGUUAACCAACCAAACACAGGCUUGUUAGUGAUGACAUUGACGUCUUAUUCAUAGGGAGGUGAGGUACAGAGGAGAGAGAAGGGUAACAGAGUGCCACCAAUCUGCUUGCCUGUCAACCAACCUCUCUCACAUAGUGACAGGAGAAAAGGACAAGGACACAAACAAAAGAGAGAGAUCAAGGGCCAAAGCUAGGCAGAGAGAAAUAGAGAGAGAGAGACAAAAGAGAAUAGAGUGCCCUUCACACCUUACCUCAUACAAGCAUACACACUUGAAACAAAAUUCUGUGGGCUCCUUGAAGCAAAUUCUCCCAGAACAAUCCCACAAUCCCACACUCUCCACCGACCAACUUUCAGCUAACACCCCACACACUCUCCGGCCUCAAGAUGAUGUGCGAGGUGAUGCCCACCAUCUCUGAGGAUGGGCGUGGCGGGAGUGGGGGAGGGCCUUCCUCUCCGGGAGGGAGUGGCGGGGGAAUGGGAGGCGGUAUGGGGGGUGGGUACGGGGGCAGAGGGGAGCCCCGGGGUGGAGGUGACGAGGGGGGCAGCACAGGGAAUCUGGAAUCUCUGAUGGUGAACAUGCUGACGGAGAGGGAGAGGCUGCUGGACAGCCUGAGGGAGACCCAGGACAGUCUGGGGACAGCCCAGCUUCGACUCCGAGACCUGGGCCAUGAGAAGGACUCCCUCUCGAGACAGCUGUCUAUCGCCCUACCACAGGAGUUUGCAGUGCUGACCAAAGAGCUGAAUGUCUGCCGGGAGCAGCUGCUGGAGAGAGAGGAGGAGAUAGCAGAACUCAAGGCAGAGAGGAACAACACACGGCUGCUGCUGGAGCAUCUGGAGUGUCUGGUGUCUCGUCAUGAACGCAGUCUGAGGAUGACAGUGGUGAAGAGGCAGGCCCAGUCUCCUGCCGGGGUCUCCAGCGAGGUGGAGGUCCUCAAGGCCCUCAAGUCCCUGUUCGAACACCACAAAGCCCUGGACGAGAAGGUGCGAGAGAGGUUACGUGUGGCUCUGGAGCGAGUGACUGUUUUAGAGGAAGAGCUGGAGUCCUCCUCAAAUGAGUGCCAUUCUCUACGAGACCAAAUCAAAAGACGCCAACAAGGCUUAGAAAAUGGGAAAGAGCGGCUGCCCAAUGGACCCUCCUCCAUCCUGGAGGAUGGAGAGAUUGACAGAGAGAGACAGAGAGAAACAGAGAUAGAGCGGCAGAGAGCAGAGCUGGCCCAGCUGAAGGAAAGACUGGCCCUCAUGUGCAGACAGGUUGGGGAGAUCGAGGAACAGUUGACUGCAGCUAGGAGGGAGGUGACCAAGUCAGAGGAAGCCAAUCAGAAACUGCAGAGGGAUGUGAAGGAGGCUCUUUGUCAGAGAGAGGACAUGGAGGAGAGAAUAACUACUUUAGAACGCAGGUACCUAAGUGCCCAGAGGGAGGCGACGUCUCUCCACGACAUUAAAGACAGGCUGGAGAAUGACCUGGCCAGUAAAGACUCCCUCUACAGGCAGAGUGAGGAGAAGAACAGGCAGCUCCAGGAGCGUCUAGAUGAUGCCAAGCAGAAGCUGCAGCAGACCCUGCAGAGGGCCGAGACGCUGCCUGAGAUGGAGGCCCAGCUCGCCCAGAGAGUGGCUGCACUCAACAAGGCUGAGGAGCGUCAUGGUAACUUUGAGGAGCGACUGCGACAGAUGGAGGCGCAACUAGAGGAGAAGAAUCAGGAGUUACAGAGGGCGAGGCAGAGGGAGAGAAUGAAUGAUGAACACAACAAGCGUCUGUCUGACACGGUGGACAAGCUGCUGUCUGAGUCUAACGAAAGGCUUCAGCUCCAUCUCAAGGAGAGGAUGGCUGCUCUGGAGGACAAGAAUGCUCUCUCUGAGGAACUUUCUAACAUGAAGAAGAUCCAGGACGACCUUCUAGCAAACAAGGACCAGCUGAUAGCCGAGCUGGAGAGGAUUCAGCUGGAGUUGGACCAGCUCAGACUGAGACCCGGGGGGUCCUGCUAUUCCAGGUCUCUCCCAGGCAGUGCUCUGGAGCUGAGGUACUCCCACGGGGGCGGCUCCCUCCCCACGGGCUCCACCGCUCACCUGGAUCACUACGGUAACUCCAACACCGUGGCCGUGGUCAGGCGGACGCAUCGCGGGCGCUGGAGCACAGCCCGCGAGGACACCAGCAAGUACGGGGACUGGGACAGUGGGUCAGCGCUGCUGAGGGCCGGGUUUGAGGGGGGUGCGGACCACGGUUGCUCUGACGAUGAGGACGACAGAGAGACACUGUUUGGCUCGGAGCUGCUGUCUCCCAGCGGACAGACUGAUGUCCAGACACUGGCCAUCAUGCUGCAGGAACAACUAGAGGCAAUCAACAAGGAGAUCAAGCUGAUCCAGGAAGAGAAGGAGAGUACAGAGUUGCGGGCAGAGGAGAUCGAGAGCAGGGUUAGCAGUGUGGCUCUGGACGGUUCCCCCAUCCCUCCCUCCUCCCUGGGGAGGGACAGUAUGGGACGCGGCUUCAUCCCUCAAUCCCUCACCUCCUCCACCCUGGCCUCCCCUUCUCCCCCCAGUUCUGGGGUCUCCACCCCUCGCCUGUCCCACUCCCCUCACCGCGAGACAGAUAGACAGAACAACAAAGAGGAUGAUCGGUCCCUUGCCCUUCUUGACUCCACCCCUCCACCCACCCCCCGAGCACUGCGACUAGACAGGAUGACCCUCACCCACCCAGGGGCCAUGAUGGACGAUCCCAGGGAAUUCCGCAGUCUGUCAGCAGACGGCAGCAGUUCCAACAGCAGUCAGGACUCUCUCCACAAAGCCAGUAAAAAGAAAAGCAUCAAGUCUUCCAUCGGCCGCCUUUUUGGGAAGAAGGAAAAGGGAAGGAUGGGCCCGGCUGGGCGAGAGUCUGCUUCUCUGGCCUCUACGCCUUCUGAGGACCUGGGUACUGGGGAUUCUAUGGGACUGACCAAGGGAAGCAUGACAGGAACUGUUGACAACCGCCGCAGCAAAAGGAAACAUGAGCUGCUGGAGGAGGCGUGUCGUCAGGGUCUUCCCUUUGCAUCCUGGGAUGGACCCACUGUGGUCUCCUGGCUAGAGCUGUGGGUAGGAAUGCCAGCAUGGUACGUGGCAGCCUGUCGUGCCAACGUGAAGAGUGGCGCCAUCAUGGCCAACCUGUCUGACACAGAGAUCCAGAGGGAGAUUGGCAUCAGUAACCCCCUGCACCGCCUCAAACUGAGACUGGCCAUCCAGGAGAUGGUGUCCCUCACCAGCCCAUCUGCUCCGGCCAGCAAUCGCUCUUCGACCAGUAACGUGUGGAUGACCCAUGCUGAGAUGGAGUCGUUAAACGCAGCCACCAAACCGGAGCUGAAAGAGAUUAGCUGGGAUCAGAUCCUGGCCUAUGGGGAUAUGAACCAUGAGUGGGUGGGUAACGACUGGCUGCCCAGCCUGGGUCUGCCCCAGUACCGCUCCUACUUCAUGGAGUCCCUGGUGGACGCCCGCAUGCUGGACCACCUGACCAAGAAGGAGCUGAGGGGACAGCUCAAAAUGGUGGACAGCUUCCAUAGAGUUAGUUUGCAUUAUGGCAUAAUGUGCCUGAAGCGCUUGAACUACGACCGCAAAGAGCUAGAGAGGAGGAGAGAAGACAGCCAGCACCAGAACAAAGAUGUGAUGGUGUGGUCCAACGAGCGUGUGAUGUGCUGGGUGCAGAACAUCGGGCUGAAGGAGUACGCUGACAACCUGACAGAGAGCGGGGUCCAUGGGGCCCUCCUGGCUCUGGACGACACCUUUGACUACACAGACUUGGCCCUGCUGCUGCAGAUACCCAAUCAGAACACACAGGCCAGACAACUCCUAGAGAAGGAAUACAACUCCCUCAUCUCUAUGGGAACAGAGAGAAGACCAGAUGAGGAUGCGACUAAGACGUUCACCCGCUCCCCUUCCUGGAGGAAGAUGUUCAGGGAGAAGGACCUUAGGGGGGUGACCUCAGACUCAUCAGAGAACCUGCCUGCUAACUUCCGUGCCUCGGCCAUCUCCACACCCUCUGUGACCCUGAGAAAGGUUCAGAGUGACGUGAACUCUGGGCCUCGCGGUGAGGCACCCUCAGUCAGGACAUACUCUUGCUGAAGGACACAGAGGGCCAUGGUGACUGGAUCACGACUGGACUGCCCUCCUCUCAUUCAUUCACAGGAGGGGAAAGCAGCAGAGAAGCAAUGAAUAUAUACAUUUAUUAAAUAUAAAUCUAUUGGUCUGACCAUUCUGCAAUAACAGAGAUAAAGAAGAAAUGACAGAGAUGGAGAAACAACAAAGGGAAAAGAACAUGAAGAAUGUAUGAAAUAUUGACAGGAUAUAUACUGUACGUACAUGGAUAGAGGGGUAGGAUGAGGCAGGACGACUGUUUUAUCUCUCUUUGUUCUGUCUCAAUAUGUGAUUGUGCGAUGUGGAGUUGUGUGCUGAGGAGGAGACUGAUAUCCAAUGUCACCUAUUGUGGCUCUCUAUCUGUUAGCUUCUAUGGUGCUGUCAGAGGUUCUCCUAAGUUGGUUAGAGUGCUGCAGUAAAACCAUGUCCCCAUUUAGGCCGCCAUCUUGGCUCCAGCCACAUCAGAGGGGCAGCAAGCCGCUCCUCUACUCAUGGUUUGUCCAUUGGCACCUUGAAAGCUGAGAGGCACUAGGUUCUAGUGUAAUCUCUUUUGAAUGGAAUCUAUUGUGGAGAUCAAAAGCAGGGCCACAGCAGCAAGGAUACGAUGGGAUAGGGGGCCACAGCAGCAAGGAUACGAUGGGAUGGGGGGCCACAGCAGCAAGGAUACGAUGGGAU